AUCGAUGCUAUAAGUAAGUUAAAAACAAAACUAAUUUAUCAAUUUGGUGUUUAAAACCAAGAAAAAAGUCACUAAAAACGCUGUUUAAGGCUUGAUCCAGGCGCGGUACCUAUGGGCAGUGGGAUUUUGGUGCAAUUGGCUCGAAAGUACGGCGCAGUGAUAUUCUUUCCCACUGUUGCAGUCGGAUCGAUUUACGCAGAUUGGUCGCACACCCGCGAGUGGAAACGCCAACAGCUUCAGUUGGCAUACAGCGCCCAGCUAAAGGAUCAGCGAUAGAAGAAA